CCUUACUAUUAAGUCUCUCCUCAGAUAACAGUUUCGCUAUUAUUGUUUAGGUAUUGAAGAAAUAUAGAACAAACUAUUUCAUUGUUGAUUUCAUCGAAGAAAGGUGGGUUUGUUGGCGGAUGGAUGAAUGGACAGAGGGGUUCGGAGAAAUGGUAAGAGGGACCCGAGUGGGUUGUGAGACAUACGGUAGAUUAUAUUAUCAUAUUGGAAGUGAUUAUAUUUGUGAUUACAUUCAUAGUAUUCCACUGAACUACAUCAUUCUUGUGAAUAACUAUGAUUUAGAAACAACAUUGACAUUAACAACAUUAACGAUGACAUUAAUGUGUUGAGACCGAGUGCAGAUGAUUACCUUUGGAGAAGACUUCCUCAACAUGUACAAAACCUGAAUGUGAAAAAAGGAUGCUGGUUUGUAUGGAAAAUCAAAGUGUGCAAGAUUAUAUAUAUAUGACAUUGUGAAAUAAAUAAUCAUAUGAAUUAAUACACAAUAUGUACAAUUAUAUACAGCCAUACAAUGAAUCAACAGACUUUAUAUGGUCAUACACAUACACUCUUGAACAAAAUCUUAAGACCGGGGGAAAAAUGACAAGUAUUCGCAUUUCGCGUUGGUGGAACAUAACCAAGUUGUAAGUAGAGCUUCAAAAUGCCAAAAGAUGGAUGGAAUAACUUGGACUCUGAAUUACAACAUUUGACAAUACUCACUGACUUACAGAACAAGACAAACUGACAAAGACAAAAAGGAGACAAGGACUAUUUAUACCAUGUGAGAGUGGAAACAGGUGAAAGCAAUCAGGACUGACACAUGCACAAAGGGGAUUGGAUGCGACCAGUGAAACUCAGGAUGUGAAUAUGUUAGUACACAGCUCAUUACAUAACAUUGGUCUACUGCUUAUAUUUUAAUGUGGAAAUGUUACGUAUUAUAUCUUUAAUUUUAUCGAAUUUUGAUAGCAGAACCUUUAAUUGUAGUAUUUUUAUAUCAAGUAAACAAUCUUUAUACUUUUUCCACCAUUGGGCCAUUCAUUUACACAUGAAUACUUAUGGAUCUUGAACAGAACCAGAGCUAAUCUGGUAGAAAAGUCCCCAUUUAAAGUUAGAAUUGCUGUGUUUUCAACCAUUAAUUUUAACUCAACUCACUAUAUUGACAUCACAUUUAACUCCUAACUUAUCAUGGAUGAAUGAAAACAUAUUUUUAAUUCAAUUUCAGUGAUCUCAUGUCAUUAUCUCAUAGUUUUUGUUGUAUUUUGAUAGUAAUGUUUUUACAUGUAUUUAUUUAUUAUUAUUUUCUUUUAAUAUUUCAGAGAUUCUUCCACAUACAACUAAAGGGAGCUUGCAUACCACCAGAUGACUAUAGUUUGAGAACCAGUCCUUUACAGCUAUGGGAUGGUUAUUUAGUAAGCCAUGGAGGACGAUGCCAAAGAACAACGAGGAAAAUCUUGAAUUUGUGAAAUCUUACCAACCUCAAAACAAGGAUGUCAAACAUCUCAGAAUUCUGAUUCAUGGACAAACCGGUGCCGGAAAGUCCAGUUUCAUCAACUCUGUUGAAAGUGUUUUAAAAGGCAGAGUUACAAACCGAGCUUUGACAGAUGCCACCUCUGGGAGGAGCUUUACCGAAGAAUACACAACCUACAAAAUCCAAAAAGAGUCAGGGAACUUUUAUUCUUUUUUUUUCAAUGACACCAUGGGCCUAGAGAAUGACAAUGACAACGGAAUUCAUGUGGAAGACAUCAAACUCGCCCUGAAGGGACAUGUGAAAGAGGGUUACCAGUUCAACCCUAAAAAGCAAUUGACGAAGAGUGAUCAGCACUACAAGUCAUCUCCCACGUUGGAUGAUAGAGUUCAUGUUCUGGUUUCUGUCUGUCCUGCUGACAAGGUGUCUUUAUUAACUGAUGAAGUUAUAAAGAAGAUGAGAGACAUCAGACUAGCAGCCAGUAAAAUGACAGAGAUUCCCCAUCUGGCUGUCCUCACUAAAGUUGAUCUGGCCUGUCCUAAGGCAAAACAAAAUAUAAACAACGUCUACAAGAGCGACUACCUGAAGAAACAGAGAGAGGAGUUGUAGAGUGUGAUGGCACGAGUGACAAAGGAGUUCUUGAGCCUGUUGGUCCUACACUUGGGAAGGAGCAGCCUUUCACUGUGAACAGGCUCCUCUGGUUGCUGAUGACGGUGUGCAGGGGGAGCUGACAUUGUCACUAAUGUCCAGCAGUUUGUCCAGUGUCCUCCUCUCUUCCACCAUCACCAGUGAGUCCAGCUUCAUGCCUACCAUAGAGCCGGCCCGCCUGAUCAGUUUAUCCAGUCUGGAGGUGUCCUUCUUGGAUAUGCUGCCCCCCCAGCACAUCACAGUGUAGAAGAGGACACUGGUAACCACAGACUGAUAAAACAUCCACAGGAGUUUGCUGCAGAUGUUGAAGGAUCGCAAUCUCCUCAGGAAGUACAACCUGCUUUGUGUCUUCCUGUACAGGUGGCUGGUGUGUGUUUAUUAUCCAGCCACAGCCCGAGGUAUUUGUAUGAUUCCACAGCCUCCACCUCAGCUCCCUCUAGCAGGACUGGUCGCGCUCUUGGUCUGGACCUCCCAAAGUCAAUGACCAGCUCCUUCGUCUUAGAGGUGUUGAGCUGUAGGUGGUUAGUGUGACACCAGAGAGCAAAGUCCCCCACCAGACUCCGAGUCAAACAAGUUCUGUUCAACUUCUUGCAACGAAAAUGCGGGCAUUAUGAAAUCAUGCAAUUUUGCACGGAAAUCGGCAAUUUAUGCGGUGAAAGUGCAGCGUAUUUGAAAAAAUGCAGCCCCCGCAUAAAUAUGCAGACUUUGGCUGAUUAUGCAUUGAAUUAUGCGAUCGCAUAAUCGCGUUUUUCUGGAGGGACUGAUCAAUGACCUAAAUAUUAGAUUAAUAAAUAAUAAUAAAUAAGUAAUUAUAACUGGAAAUGCUCUAAUGUGUCCAGUCAUCCGAUGUUGUUUUACCAACUUGCAAAAGAAUUACAGAACAUUUUUCCUUUAAAAAGUUAUUCAUACUUUUUUGGUAAAGCUGCUCCCAGAGGUUUCAUCUGUCAAAGCUCUGUUGGUAACCCUGCCUUGAAACACGCUAUCUACAGAGUUGAUGAAACCGGACUUGCCAGCACCAACUGGUCCGUGAAGAAGAAUUCUGAGAUGAUUGACUUCCUUGUUUUGAGGUCGAUAAGAUUUCACAAAAUCCAAAUUUUCCUGGUUGCUCCUGUUGAUUGAAGGACAAAUGUUAAAGAACUGUAUGUUUAUACACAAUAGGCUGAUUGUGAUUGUUGUUCUAUUUUCACACACACUGUAGGGUCAAAGGAGACCUUAAGAUAUGAACUCGUUCAUUUGGUGUGGUAAUUCAUCAGGAAGGAGCUAUCGUGCAGCAUUAGUGAGAAGCCAUAUGUUGUCAUGUUUGACGAAAGCAUGAAUAAAACGACAAAGAGUAAAUAAAUGGACCUUCAUUUGCAGUUCUGGACUACUGAUGAUGAGACUGGCACACACCACGUCCAAUGGUGAUUCUGGGGGGUGGCCGGGGCCACCACUGAAAGCUCAUUGGCCACCCCAGAUCUGAUAGGUAGUUGGUCAAGUUCGUCAACACAAGAAACAAGAGAAAUGCUGUCAAUCAAUGAUGACAGCUGAUCAACUGAUUUAGGGCCAGUUUUCCAUUUUUAACUAACACAGUAAUGGUCGUACUGACGCUGUGAGAGCUGAUUUCUGCUCAGCGGAUGUUUGGCCAUGCAGGUCAGGUGACCCAUGAGAUGAGCACGCUGCACCUGCUGCUGCUGCUGGUCCGUGAAACAGGAGGACGGUCACAGUUACAACAUCAACAAUACAACAACGAUAAAAACUGUCAAUUGAGAGGAAUGGUAAUUUAAUGUUUAGUUAUAUCGUAGUUCCCUCUGAAUGUGGAGGAAAACUUUAUCUAGCUCUAAGUAGCAGCUCAAAGUCGAACUACACUGCACUAGCUAGCUUAGCAGCCUGCAAACCAAGUUAAGCAUUGAACGUUAGCAUUUUGUUUUUUUAAUUGUUAUUUGGAUACCGCCAUGAAAUAUGAAACGCUAUUUUCUGGACUGAAGACUGAGGGUGUUUUUUGCAAAUGUGUGUGUUCAAUAGAGCUAAUGUUAUAUUUUUCAAUAUACAACUAGUGUGUGAAAUAAAGUGUGACAGUCUAGAUUUAAGUAGCUCUAACACAAGAACAAGCUGUGACUUAUUUAUUUGCUCUGUGAUUUAAGGGCUGUUUAAAGACUUUUUUCUCUGAAGGGCUUUUUGUUUGUAUCAAUUUGCUCAUCUUCACAGUUCACAUAUUUUUAGA